UUGGCGCUCACUUCUCGAGAAGACGUCGACUGGAUCGGAUCGGUAUACGGAAUAACAGAUCGUAACGGGUCGGAUCGGAUCGGAUCGGAACGUAACGUACCGGAUAGGUUGUUUUUCGCGGCGGUGAUCGUAUUGGAGCAGUGGAGUUGGCUUGGCGAGGGCGACAUCCGACGGAUGGGAAAUAUAAAUGUACGUGUUGUUGUCGUCGCUGGUUUAUGCUUCUGUGCGUCUGGUUCUCCAAUGUAAAAAUAAAAUUGCUCCAAUAUGUAUGCGCGAAACUGCUUUUGAAACAAUUUUUCGGUUAAUGGCCAAAAGCCUCGAAUGAGACAAGUAGCCGUGCUGUGACCCAGUGCAUUGGUCAGGGUCUUUGGAUUCACGGAUUCGCUACGGUGGUCGCCGUGUUUUUGAAUUGAACGGAUUUUGAACGAGGGACCGUAAGCAAUUGAGCAUGAAAGUGAUUUGCUGGAUUUUGGAAUUCCUGACUGUGGUACAACUGCUGGUCGAAACUCAGAGUGGCCAUGUCCAGGAGGCGAAGAGGUCGAUAAAUGAGAUACGAGAUGUACUUCAUCAUCCCCGACACCACCACUCCUACCACAGCUCCAGUUGGAUGGACGGUCGGCGGGUGCACCGCCUGCGUAUGCCGCCCCACCAGAGGUGGAGUGGGCGACGCCGCUCCAUCAGCCACCACCAGCCGUUCAGUCGGUGGUCCCAGUGGUCGGCUUGUGACGGAGAGUGCGUCCGCCGGAGGGAGCGCUUCUGCAAGGUGAAGCGGAAAUGUGGCCAUACCAAGCAUUUGGAGCAAAGCAAAUGUAGACACUGCCAUCCUGCUCCUCCUGUAUCUUGGCAUCCAGCUCCUCCUCCGACAAUUGUGGAAGAAAGUCAUUUCCGCGAGAAAGUCAUCACACAGGCUCCCAACCCUCCGGCUAUAAUCAUCAAUGCCGCGGCUGCUGCCUCCAGUGGACCGAACUAUGAUCACCACAUCACCGAGUACAGGCCACCACCUACCUAUCCACCAACUCCUCCACCCACCCAACCUCCAACUCAAGCACCUAGUCCUCCUCCACCUCCCAAGCCGGUGGAGAUUGUAAGAUACCCCGAAAAGGACAUCUACAGCGACGAGGAGUCUGAUGGAGUGGUGGACGCUGAUGAAGAUCCCUACUACUCUGGGGAGAGUGGUGACUUCUUUGUUCUCAAGCGACAUCGUCAUAGGAGACGGCAGCAGAGCCGCAGAAAGAGACCCCAGAGGCCGCAUCCGAAGCCGAGGGACUACUACGAUGAUGACUUUGUGGAUUUUGGGGAAAGGAAGUCGCUGAGGCCCAAAAACAUGAUUGACGACAGCAGUGUGGAGGGUGACAUCUUUCAAUACGAGGAUUUUGAUCUGGAGCCGGAUACACAAUACCAGGACUCAGAGGAGGCGGAUCCUGAAUACCGUAAUGUUACCUGGGUGCAGCCACCCAAGGAUGGUCAGGUUCUGCGGCGAAGACGCAUCUACUCCAAGUGGAGUAGAUGGACCAAGUGCUCACCAAAGUGCACCACUCGGAGAUACAAAAAAUGCCGGAACAUUGACCAGUGUGGCAGGGAGGUUCUCCGGGAAAUAGCUUACUGCUAUACGGAGGGCAGCUUCUGCCAGCAGUGGCUGCAGACCCAGUUUCAGAAGACUCCUGCCUUUGAGACGAGACCCGGACCAAGUUCUCCAGUGAGCGCCAUGCGUCGUAUGCACACGGCACAGCCGGAGGAGCCCAGCAACGACCUUAACUACAUCAUGACCGGAAAGGGCUAUCAGGGACUGGAGUACAAGCCCCUAAAGCUGAGCUGUGGUAUAGUCCGGAGCGGUACAGGUCGUCGGAGCAUGUCCAACAUGCUUAAAAUUAUAGGUGGACGGGCAGCCAGGAAGGGGGAGUGGCCCUGGCAGGUGGCCAUCCUGAAUCGCUUCAAGGAGGCUUUCUGUGGCGGCACCCUCAUUGCUCCCAGAUGGGUUUUAACUGCUGCCCAUUGUGUGCGCCGGGUGCUUUACGUUCGAAUAGGUGAACACAAUCUGGAGUACGAGGAUGGAACCGAAAUUCAGCUGAGGGUCCUGAAGAGCUUCACUCAUCCAAAUUUCGAUAAGAGGACUGUGGACAGCGAUGUGGCCCUGCUUAGGUUUGUAUUCUAUCAUAUACCAUCCACUUAUAAUACACCUAACUUCUCCUCCAGGCUCCCCAAACCAGUGAAUGCCACCACCUGGAUAAGUUACUCCUGCCUGCCGCAGCCUUUCCAGGAGCUGCCCAAGAACGUCGAGUGCACGGUGAUUGGCUGGGGCAAGCGUCGCAAUCGGGAUGUGGUGGGAACCAACGUCCUCCACAAGGCCACCGUGCCUAUUAUUUCGAUGGGACAUUGUCGACGGGUCUACCACGACUAUACCAUCACUAAGAACAUGUUUUGCGCUGGACAUCACAAGGGGCAUAUAGACACCUGUGCCGGGGAUUCGGGAGGCCCGCUUUUGUGUCGCGAUACCACCAAACCCAACCAUCCGUGGACCAUCUUCGGCAUCACGUCGUUCGGCGAUGGCUGUGGCCAGAAAAACAAGUAUGGGAUCUAUGCCAAGGUGCCCAAUUACGUGAACUGGGUGUGGUCGGUUGUCAACUGCAAUGGCAACUGCAAGAUGCAUUAGUUCUUACUUAGUAAUCGCGGAUCCGUCGUGGAUCCGACAACUUGCAGAGGCUGUGAAACACUUUAAAUACACUUCAAGUGUCCCGAUCCGUGCGAUCACCACGUCACAAUUCAUUAUGUGCUCAUUUUACGAUCCUAAAGCUAGUUAACUAGAAGUUACAUAGAUGGGUUUCCGUAAUGGAAUUCUGAACAAAGGCGAUUCGAAACUUAGACAAGCUAAUAUUUAUAAACAAACUUAAAAACCAACACCUGUUGCGAUAUUUUUUCUAAUUCUAAACAUCAUAGUAAUGUUUAAUCUUAAGUGAACAAAAUCAAGAGCCAAUUUAACAUUGCAUAAGUUAAUUAGAUUAAAUGUUGUCUUAAGCACCGAUCCUGAGAUUGAUCAAAAAUAAAACAUCCAAAAAGUAUGCAAUCCCAUGUUUCUUAAUAAUUAAACUAAUAAACAAAAACCUUGCACCCUUGAUUAAGAAACUAAACA